AUGUCAGAUAAUGAACAAGAAGAAUCAUCACAAGUAGUAUUAAAGGAGGAUAAAACCUUUGUUACAUUUUUUCAAAGUUUAGUAUCCUCUAAUGAAGAUACAGACACAAUUAGAUUAUUUGAUAGAAAAGGAUAUUACUCAAUUCAUGGUGAAGAUGCAGUAUUUGUAGCAAUGAUGCAUUUUAAAUCAAAGAAAUCAUUAAAAUAUUGGAGUAUUAGUGAUCCAAAUCCAAAAAAGAAAAUUAAAAUUGAUAAUGAUGGUUCAUUAACAACAACUGCAUCAUCAUCCCAACAACAACAACAAGAAUUAGGAUUAGCGGUAUUAACAAUUAGACAAGGUUAUGAAUUUGAAAAUAUAGUUAAAGAAUUAUUAGAUGAAAAGAAAAAGAUUGAAAUUUGGUCAAUGAAACCAAAUAGUAAACAACAAUGGGAACUAAUUAAAAAAGGCUCACCAGGUAAUACACAAAUGUUUGAAGAUGUUUUAUUGAAUGGUAAUUGUGAAGGAUCAGUUAUGAUGGCAUUAAAAGUCACAAGAGAGAAAGGUUCAAUCGUAUUUGGUAUAUCAUUUGGUGAUGCUACUUUCAAGACAAUUGGUGUUUCACAAUUUAUGGAUAAUGAUAAUCUAUCGAAUCUUUCAAGUUUUAUAAUGCAAAUGAGUGUAAAGGAAUGCUUGUUAUGUUGUGAUCAAAAGAAUUAUGAUUAUCAAAAAGUUAAAGAGAAAUUAUCAGAUGCAGGUAUACCAUUCACAGAAUUACCAAAAUCAGAUUUCUCCUCAAAGAAUGCCGAACAAGAUUUAACUCGUUUAUUGGGUUCCGUUAAAAAUAAUUUACCAGAUAUCGAACAAGAGCAUGCCAUUCAGUCUGCUAGUUGCUUAAUUAAACAUUUGGAUUUACUUUCAAAUCCAAAUUAUUUUGGUAAAUUCAAAUUGGAAAAAUAUGAUUUAGAUAGAUAUAUGAAAUUAGAUUCUUCAUCAUUUAAAGGUUUACAUAUUAUUGAUUUAAAAGAUUCUUCAGUUAGUGCAGCAGCAGGUGGUGGUGGUGCAGGUGGAGCAUCAUCUAGUUCAAAUAAAGAUCAAAGUUUAUAUAAUUUAUUAAAUCAAUGUAAUACACCAAUGGGAUCAAGAUUAUUAUUACAAUGGGUAAAGCAACCAUUAUUAAAUGCAGAGGAAAUCGAAGCAAGAUUAAAUUUUGUAGAGGCAUUUUAUAAUGAUUUGGAGUUACGUCAAUCUUUAAGAUCAAAUGAUUUGAAGAAAAUUGGUGAUUUAGAUAGAUUAUCAAAGAAAUUGCAUGGUCAAAAGGCUACAUUGGAGGAUUGUGUCAAUUUGUAUGGUAUUGUCACUAGAUUACCAGUGGUAUUGCAAUCAUUGAAUAAUCAUAGUAGUAUACAUCAAGAGUUGAUUAAAGUUAAUUUCAUAGAGAGUUUAGAGUCUAUUAUAUCAGAUUUUGCUAAAUUCUGUGCAAUGGUUGAAAAAACCAUCGAUUUAGAUUUGGCCAAUGACAAACAUGAAUAUGUUAUUAGAUCAAGUUUCGAUGAGACAUUACGUGGUAUUCAAUUGAAGAAAGAUCAAAUUUCAAAUAAAAUCGAACGAUUUAGAGUUGACAUUGCUGAUGAUUUGAAUUUAGAUGAAGCAAAAGUUAAAUUACAUUAUAGUGAAAAGGAUAUGUUUUUAUUGAGAAUCUCAAGAAAGGAUGAGGUUGCAAUUAGAGAUAAAAAGAAAUACAUUGUUCAUGCAACCGCUAAAGAUGGUGUAAGAUUUGCCACUAGAGAAAUCGAUACUCUAAAUGAAGCCUAUAAGAAAUGGUCAGCAGAGUACUUGGAUAAACAAGAUGGUCUUGCAAAGAGAACCCUUCAAAUUGCAGCUUCAUUCGUACCUUUGAUUGAAGAUUUAUCAUCAUUAAUUGCAACAUUGGAUGUAUUUGUAACUUUAAGUCAUGUAUCUUCAAUUGCACCAAUCCCAUUCAUUAGACCAGAGAUUAUACCAUUAGGUAGUGAUGAAAAUGGUGCUGGCACUGUUAUUAUUGGUGGUCGUCAUCCAUGUGUAGAAAUUCAAGAUAAUGUUAAUUUCAUUGCAAAUGAUAUUGAUUUAACUCGUGGUCAAUCCCAAUUUCAAAUUAUAACAGGACCAAAUAUGGGUGGUAAAUCAACAUUUAUUCGUCAAGUUGGAUUAAUAGUAUUAAUGGCACAAAUUGGUUGUUUUGUACCAGCACAAAAAGCAACAAUUGCAGUUGUCGAUUGUAUUUUAUCAAGAGUUGGUGCAGGUGAUAGUCAAUUACGUGGUGUUUCAACAUUUAUGGCAGAAAUGUUAGAGACAUCUUACAUUUUAAAGGUUGCAACUAAAAAUUCUUUAAUCAUUAUUGAUGAACUUGGUAGAGGUACUUCAACAUAUGAUGGUUUUGGUUUAGCUUGGGGUAUUGCAGAGUAUAUUUGUAAUCAAAUUGGUGGUUUCUGUCUAUUUGCAACUCAUUUCCAUGAAUUGACAAUUCUAUCAGAUUUACUUCCAAUGGUUAAAAAUUUACAUGUUUCAGCUUCAACCCAAAACAAUACUUUUACUUUACUCUAUAAAGUUGAACAAGGUCCUUGUGAUCAAAGUUUUGGUAUUCAUGUUGCAAUUUUAGCAAAUUUCCCUUCACAAGUUAUUGAAAAUGCAAAACAAAAAGCAAAAGAAUUGGAAUCUUUUGAAUCAAAUACACUUAAACAAAAUCAUAAUAAAUUUUUGGAAGAAUUUAAAGAAAUUAAUUUCAAUUCAAAUGAUGUAGAAAAAUCAUUAAGUUUAGUUAAUAGUUUAUUAAAUAAAUAUUCAAUAGAUAUCAAUUAA